AUGACUGUCCCAUACCGCCUGCCCGCCAGCAGUGCCCAGGGCGGCUCUGCAUGGAUCCAGUCCGCGGUGAAGAUAUCAUCCUUUACUUUACUGGUCUCGAUAGUUCUCUUCGUAUCCCUCAACGCAGGGCCGAGGGACGUCAGUCUGCUCUCAGGACCGCAGCAUCCUGACAGUCUGGAUGCUUCUGCGCAAGUUCUGCACGACUGGUUGCUCAAGAGAGCCUUUGCAAAGCACAAGACCGAGCGAGAAAUUCAUGAGCAGGGGCUGGAUGAGAUAGCUACCAAGAUUUUGAAGUCGCUGGUGGCUCGGAAGAAGAUCAAGUCCCUGGCGAGGACUUCUGCUCUCGUCUCGGACGAGCAUGUGUCCAGGGGACGAAUGUAUCAGUCGUCGUUGUACCAUGAGGGAUCAACGCGCGAUCGAGUAGCAAGGCCCUCGAUCGUGAAGGCUCUGUUUGGUAGACGAGCAGAAGACGAGCAGCGGGACAGAAUGCUUCACCGGCUUCGCAUGCUAGAAAAGGCAGUCAGAUAUGUAAAAGAAGACCAGAGCCCGGAAGUUAGGAGGAAAUUCAUUCAGAUUGACAACUUCAAGAAUGCUGACAAGGCAAUCAACAAGCAAGAGGAAGCUGUCCGUCGGAAGGAAGACGACUUUGUCAACACCCUUUUGCAGAAAAAUUUUGAAACAUUCGAUCAAAAGUUGGGCUUUGGAGUUGACAAUGUUGUCAACCACUAUUACAGGCAUAUUCCAAGCUCCCAUUCAUGGGAAUCGCCGAUGAACUCGACCGCUGGAGAUGCAGUCGACUUCUUGUCAAACUCUGCAGGAAAGGGAGGUUCCAAGAUAGUGAUCACCCUCCAAGGAGGAGAGGACCAAUCGUCUGACACUCCUGAAAUCGUGAUUGGAGUCAAGAGGAGGGCAGCAGCCGGCACGUCUACAUCUGUGCUCUCUCAAGAUGAAAGCUGUCCAUGCUUGGACACUUUCACAUACAAGAGCUCGAUUUAUAGUGGCUGCAUUGCUACCGAUGGCUGGGAUAGACCAUGGUGUGCUACUGAAGGGUGCGGUACGUGCGGGAACAGCAUGAUUUCUUCAUCGUGUUGGAAAUUCUGUGGAACCUUUGAUGAGACUCCACCAAAAGCUGUGAACAGCAAGGACUCCAAAGGUCCGGAGUUGCCACGUAGAGCUGAGAAGCAACCAGACACCGAACCCGCCGUUUCUACUGCUGAAAGUGGCGGACCGGUCUUGUCACCAGCAGUUUGUAAGCGAGACGCUGGGAAGUUCUUCUGCAAGACGGACCUGAUAUGCGUGAUCUCGUGCGAAGGAUGUACAGACCUACCAAGAGGCGCGGCAGAUGCCGACGGGAACAUUUGCAGCCCUGCCCUGGACGAGAAGACAGAGACAACUGCUCCUGCUGCGGAGGAAAGCAGGCAGGAAGACGGAGAGGUGAAGGAGGAGAGCGAGAGGAGGGGGACUGCUGAGGAGAAGAAACCUGAACAUGCAGAGGAGAAAGAAGCAGAACAAGAGCCCCAACCCCCCUCAAGGAACAAAGAACCGGAAGUUCAGCAGGAGGAGCCCGAGAGACCAAGGAAGAAACCACAGCAAGACAAGCAGGAGGAGGAGCCAAAGGAGGAGGAGAAAUCGAAGGAGCAGCCCAAAGAGGAGAGGAAAGCUCCGGAAGAAAAGAACGCCGCGAAGGAGGAAGGCAAGGAGGAAAAACCAAAGGGAGACAAGCCGAGGGAGGCGGAGGCUUCAAGUGAAGGAUCCGGUGGCAGUGGAGAAGGCAGGGAACCGGAGGCGAGGAAAGAAGAAGAGCGAGAAGAUCAGAGCGGAAGGGGAGGAGGGGAGAAUAUGCGGCCUCUCACCUACAGCUCCAUGUUGCCGCUGCAACGAGCAGCCUGGCGAUUGCAGGAGGAGGCCCGUCACCUCUCGACAGAGCAGGAGGAGCUGCGAGACGCUCAGCAGAAGGCCAGGAGCAUCGAGAAGAGCAUCGUAUCCACGAGGAAGGAACUUUCUAGCAGGGAGAUGGAUGGAGGCUCGGUUGGGAAUGGUUGGACAUUGACAUUCCUUUCAUUCGGCAUCGCCAUCCUCGCUCUCUUGAUCAUGGCAGCAGUCGUGGCCAUUCUUGUCCUCAACAGGUCUACCAAUGUAGUUAUAGAAAAGUAG